ACAUGGUUUCAUAUGAUAAUGGAAACACCGUAUAACACCAGCAUGUUUACCACACGAUCUUUUGUCAAGAUCGCUGAACUUCGCUUUCAAUUAUGUGAAGAAGAGAGACUCGAACGUAUUCGUGACAGGUCCGUUUCAUCACGCGCAUGCCCUAGGAAGUUUCCGGGUGUUAUCUAUGUGACAGUGAUAGCAUGUGGUCAUUUGAUAUUGUUUUUGUCAGUGAGUCGGGUUUCUUAUGUUACAAUGGUAUCUUAUUCAAAGGCUGGAAUACUGAACAAUAGAUUGUUGGUGAAUGGAAUGGGGCGUGGAAUUUUUUUGCCUUCUGUGCUAGGUUCAAAGACGACAAAAUAUGAGGGCGUUCGUUCGGCAGCUACGUGUUCAUGGUUUCGAAUGGUUGUGUAUUACAGGCACAUGUGUCUCGCUGACCAAUCACAACCGCCAUGCUUCUUCACCCUUGAAAUUGACCUCAAAAUGAGGGAACAUAUGUUUAGGGUGAAUGUGAUCAUGCAUUUGACCCACCGAAAGGUUGUUGCUCUCAGAUACCUGAUCGUUGGAUCAAAUAUCAAUAAGUAUGCCGGUAUUGACGCCGAGUUUAAGAGAGACAAACAACGAGAUGGACUCUUGGAUGUUUCUGAUUUGUUAUGGUGUUGA